AUGUUUAUCCGCAAUGCUUUGACAAGUUCAGUAAAAAAAACGGCGUUUUUACGAGGCCUACACGGCUCACAAUCGCUUUUCAAAGCAGAAGUGUUUGCCAUGCCAGCUAUGUCCCCUACGAUGGAAAAGGGCGGAAUUGUCGAAUGGAAAUUCAAAGUGGGAGAUUCGUUUUCAGCUGGUGAUGUUCUGCUGGAAGUUGAGACCGAUAAGUCUCAAAUCGACGUUGAGGCCCAGGAUGACGGGAAGUUGGCGAAGAUUAUGGUUGACAAUGGAGCCAAAGAUAUAAAGGUUGGAGAGCCCAUUGCUUAUCUGGCUGAGCCCGAGGACGAUCUGGCCACUUUGGAAUUGCCAUCAGAAAGUGCCCCUAAGAAGGAAACGGCACAGGAAGCCGCAAAACCUGAAGCGUCUUCGAAGGCUUCUGUGAAAGACGACUCCAAUCGCUCGGCGGCGACCAACAAGACUGGUUCUUCGCCAUCGUCGUCGUCGUCUUCAUCUGGGAAAGCCAAUUCAUCUCAAGUCCUAUUUCCAUCGGUGCAGCUUCUUCUUCACGAAAAUGGGAUCACCAAUGAACAGGCUUUGGAAAGCAUUCCUGCAUCGGGACCCAAUGGCCGAAUCCUGAAGGGUGAUGUUCUGUCGCACUUGGGUAAAAUCUCUCACGACUCGGUGACUAAGCUUACAACAUAUAUUCAGAAAUUCGAAAAACUGGACCUUUCUAACAUAGAAUUGAAGCAACCGGAACCGCAACAAAAGCUUCAGGAAACAGUGUCUGCAAAGCCUCAACCUAUAGUGAUCUCCGAGCAGAUUCAUGUGAAGACAGCACCCGAUGUCACCACAGAGCAACUUCUGCGGUCUCUCAAGUCCUACAUUAAUGAGGCCAAAUAUUUAUCGCAUGAACAACCUAUUGCGAAUGCAAAUUCGGUAUACUACGAUUCUGUGUUUGAGGAUCUAAUCACCCCGGAACCAAAGCAGCAAAGAUUCGAGGUUUCUUAUGAUGUGGUACCACUAUCGACCGGGGAGUUGAUCUCUCAGCAGCAAGACGACAUUUUCGACCUUCUUGCGGGAUCUUCCACCAGAGCCAACGCUGUAAAGGCAGAGCAUGAAAUCGCUUCAAGUAACGAGUUUUUGAUAAACUUGGAUGUUCAAGUGAGCGAGAGAUUCGGGGAUGCCAAGGUGAAAGCACAAAGGUUUGUGGACUAUGUGAAGGAUUUAGAGAUCUCUUUGGAGAAUUAG